GGUGAGGCGGCGCAGUGGCGGUGGGUGGGGCGAGCGGGAGUGCGCUUGCGCGGUGGCGGAAGUGGCGGUUGUCGCUAGGCCGCAGGCGGGAACGCUGAGCAUCUCCCACGUCCCAGACGUCUUUCUCCGGACUGCCAGAGCGAGCCCCGGUGCUCCCCGCCGCUGCCAAGGCAGGAAGAAAGGUUUUCCGUGGCGUUGCGCGGAGCUGACAGAGGAGCAACAUGAAAACGAUGACGGGAUCAAACGAGUUCAAACUAAAUCAAACUCCAGAUGAUGGCAUUUCAUCAGUAAAAUUUAGUCCAAAUACAUCUCAGUUUCUGCUUGUUUCGUCCUGGGACACAACAGUCCGGCUCUAUGAUGUUCCUGCCAACACCAUGAGACUCAAAUAUCAACAUUCAGGAGCUGUCCUUGACUGUGCUUUUUAUGAUCCUACCCAUGCCUGGAGUGGAGGGUUAGAUCAGCAAUUGAAAAUGCAUGAUCUAAACACGGACCAAGAAAACCUUGUUGGUGCUCAUGAUGCUCCUAUCAGGUGUGUUGAGUAUUGCCCAGAAGUGAACGUCAUGGUGACUGGAAGCUGGGAUCAAACGGUGAAGCUGUGGGAUCCCAGAACUCCUUGUAAUGCAGGAACCUUCUCUCAGCCUGAAAAGGUCUACACGCUUUCUGUGUCUGGAGAUAGACUAAUUGUGGGGACGGCAGGUCGGAGAGUGCUGGUGUGGGAUUUGCGGAACAUGGGUUAUGUUCAGCAGCGAAGAGAAUCAAGUCUGAAAUACCAGACCCGCUGUAUCAGAGCGUUUCCGAAUAAACAGGGUUAUGUUUUAAGUUCUAUUGAAGGUCGUGUUGCAGUGGAAUAUUUGGAUCCAAGUCCAGAAAUCCAGAAGAAGAAAUAUGCAUUCAAGUGUCACCGUUUGAAGGAAAAUAAUAUUGAGCAGAUUUAUCCAGUUAAUGCUAUUUCUUUCCAUAACGUCCACAACACAUUUGCUACAGGAGGUUCUGAUGGAUUUGUAAAUAUUUGGGAUCCGUUUAACAAGAAGCGGCUGUGUCAGUUCCAUCGGUAUCCCACAAGCAUAGCAUCACUUGCCUUCAGCAAUGAUGGAACUACCCUUGCAAUAGCUUCUUCGUAUAUGUAUGAGAUGGAUGACAUUGAACAUCCUGAAGAUGGUAUCUAUAUUCGCCAAGUGACAGAUGCAGAAACAAAACCUAAGUCUACUUAGACUUCUGUUGAUGCUUCUCUACAAGAGGUGCCCACCUGCUCCUAACAAGACUUAAACUAAACCAAUAGAAGUGAGAAGAACAAUCUUUGUACUGAUGUUGUUUUUAACCAAGAAAUAUUUGUUUGUAUGUUGUAGUAUGUCUUAAUCCAUCAUUACUCACCUGCUUAUAAUGUUAGUGAAACUGUUUUCUUUAUCUGCUGUCUGUAGCUAAAUUAAUUCAGUCCUGUAGGCAGCUUCGAGCAUACCUUUAUAAAAACUUACCGCAUUUUGUAGUACCUAAUUAUGGAAAACUUCCAGUGGUCUCAUAAUUUGUUCAAUAAAUAUCUGUAGGUUUUUUGAAAACAAAUACUUUCUGUUACAACCUUUUACUGUUUGUGAAACAAACGUUAAGACCAAACCUUUAAGCUGCAAGAAUUCUUGAGUUCUGGAUCUUCCUGAUGGAAAAUUUCUGAACCUUCAGUCUUAUUCUAAUAAGAUGAACUGGGAAUUCCUUCAUUACUGGGGGACGUUGGCUCUCCAGGCAAUGUUUUCACUGGGCUGUUGAAAGCCUAAAGCCGUAUUAGGUGCGCUUGUUUAUCUCAGUGACUUGAUCAUUACUGGAGAGCAAUUAACUGUUUCUGGAGGAAAGAACCCGAACAUGUGGUGCUUGUUUUUUCUUUCCACAUACGGCAUAAAAGCCUAGAACUAAUGAUGCCUGGGAAGAAUCGAGGGUAGACGGGACCAAAUGCAGAGUUUCAUCCUGUAGCCGUGUGGUCCGUUCCAAGUCUGCAGAUCUGACCUGGUAGCCCAGGGCUUAUGGAGUAACACAAGUGGAAAGGUAGAAAAGAGGAGUUUCCUCAGAGUGGAAAUGUCAUUCUGGCCACAAACCCCAUGAAAAUACGCUGUUUCUCUGAAUGUCUCCUGUGCCUUUAUUGCCAGUUGGUAUGAAGUCUAAUCUGUAAUCAGAUCUUCUAUCAGCCUCUUGAGGAUUUUGGAGUUGGGGGGUGGGUGUGAGAAGAUGCUUGAACUUGGACAAAUUAAAAAUUUCUUAGGAAAGUAGUAUUAAAAAACCAACUUGGAUGCUGUGUGUUUUGUUUUUUCUAAAUGGGAAUGUAGAUCUGAUCAAGAGACUAAACCUGCAAAUCCAUCUUCAGGUUAUAUUCAAUGUUGCGUGUUCCUGACUGGCUUGUGGAAAUAAAGAUAAAGGCUUUCUGAUUAGUACCACCAAUAAAAGCCGCCUCAUCCAACUCUAUUUGCAGAACAGGCUGUCAGGCUGCUCUCUUAAUAGUAGCUUGUGUCAGGUGUUUGGAAGUACUUACGUGUUACGUAUUCACUUUGUAGUGAAUAGUGAGGAGGGACAGAGCAAAGCUCUGGUGAGGCUUAUCAAAGAUGAUUAAGUUGUGGGUAUUUCGGAGUGGUGAUUGGAUUCAUAUUUUACUCCCCGACUUCUUCUGUUCUGAGUUAUCAAUGCCUGCCUAGCCAGUGGGAGUACUUUAUUACCGUUAAGAAAACAAACUUGCUGACAACAGAAAUAGUGACCGAUCGUUCCAAAGAAGGUGGUGAUGGAAAGGAAGCCGCGCUCCGUGUGUGCAGAAAGCUAACAAACUUGAGCUGUUACCAGGUAGACGUAGUAAAUGAGUGGUAUAUGGAAUAUUUUAUAGUUUGUCAUGAGCUAGGUAUGGAUUCUUUGAUAAUAUAAACUGGUUUUGAUAGGUUUGGAAAAAAUAAAGAACUCCCUGAAGUAAAUGUGAAUAAUGCCCUCGCUGCAGUAGCAUCUGGCCUCUGUUCUGAUAGACAUGCACCAUCCCUAUUUCUUGCCAUUUUGAUUGGCUUUUUGCAUUGAGAGUACAUGACUGUUGGUGGACAAAGGUUGAAUUUUUGAUGUCAGCUUAGGUAGUGAUGAACCCUUGGUGUUUGGGUUGGUGGUGGUUUUUUUGUUUGUUUGUUUUUUUGAGGAAUGAGUUGAUACAUGGGGUCUGGGGCCAAAACGUGGGAACCAAAGGUUUCUGUGAGGAUGGCUAGCAAAGAAAUAGUAAGGAAAGUCCCUAGAUUGGGGUAUAACUGUAGGUUCAGACAGCAGACUCUGCGUUAAGAACACUGUCAAGCGUUGCAGGGUCCCAGACCACAAUGUGUAUGUGUGUGCAGGUUUAAAUACAGACAUAUUUGCAGAGCAAACAUACACAGUAUCUGCUGUUUCUCCGUCUCCUCUCAGCUGAGAGGAUAUAAUAUUACAAAACAUAAGCUUGAGCCCACGAAUAAAGAAAUUAUUUUGCUGUUAGCUAGGAGCACAAGAGUGACUCUGCUUGUGGAGGAAAGAGACCUGAAGUGAGGAUGGGGGUCCAAAUAAAUAAUGUGCAAAGGCAGAAAUAGGCUGGGAGUAAUGAAAAGGUGGCUUAGUGAUGAUGUGGGAGAAAGGAACGUAUGGGCUGGAGAGAGGAUGGAGUGGGGAGUUACAGGGGUAGAACUGUGGGGAACAAAGUGAAACGAGAGCCAGAGAAUGUAGGGGAAAGCAAAGAACGUGAGGAAUUCCAAAUAGUUUGGUUAACAAAGUAGACAAAUAACAUAGCCAGGAAACAAUGCCACCUGUGCAACUUUUCAUUGGUAAAUAUAAAGGGGAAAAAAACCCUGUUAAUGCUUGAUGUACUGAGAUCUGCGCGCUUCAGUGGACAAAGGUAGCCCAAGAUAUGUAGGAGGAAACAGACUAACUUAGAAACGGUAGGGAAAUUCUUUGUGGUCUGUCGGUGUUUUAUGUAAAUGUUCGAAACAAACAACCUGUAGAAAAUGGUGAGAUGACUGGGCAUAAUAGAGAAGAGACACAUGAGUUGGUCAGGGCUACAGCGGUGUCUGUAUGUUGGGUACGAAUACGUGCAGUUAGAAUACGGGUAUUUCUUUUACAAGAUUAAUCUUCCUUUUAUUAGCUGUCUUUUAGAAAUGCAGGUCAAGGCAGAGGUUCAUAAGCUGGAGAAAUCAUGAAACAAGCCUUUUCUGACCUAUAUAACAAGCAGCUGAACAAAGAGGAUAUACUGACUCUUGAUCAGAGGAAUUGAGAUCUGAAAAAGCUCCUUAAGUCAUUGCUUUUUGCGCGGUGUUGAGGGCCAUACAGAAAACAUGGAGUCACAGCCGUCAUUCUAAUAGAGUCAUCAGUCACCAUCGACUGCUUGCAGGAAAAAAUAUCCUGGGUUGUCUCUCACAAGAGCCUUGUAACGUGGUGGUGUUGGAAGCCAAGUGGCAUCUGUGCCCUGAAUGUUACAGAAGCAUGCUGGUAAGUACAUUUUUCUGUUGGCCAGUACUUCAAGAUAAUCAGUGUAUGGUUACUGCAUUCAGAGCUGGAGCUCUGCCGCAUCUCAGACAUGAUAUUUUGUGCUGCUGCUGUCAUUAUAAUAAAUACCUAUUACAAAAAUGUGUCCUUUAGAUGCGCGUUUUCCAAAGCAAAACCAGUCCAAAGCUGAACUCUGAGCCCCGAACGCAGAGAUUGUAGUGAUGCCGUUGAGAAUGACCUUUCCAAAACUGUAGGUAUUGCUAGCUCCAUCUUCCUUAACUAUCUCACACUUUCGUAAGUGUCCGGUAGUUUUUACUGCCUUGAAAAUUAAGGAUUUUCUGUAGUUGGCGUCAUGUAGGCACUCAGUUCAGCAGUAAUUCAGCUGGUGUGUCUGUUAAGAUAGGUGCCCCAAAGCUGGGUGUUUCUACUGUUGGAUACUCUUGCAAACGUUGGCCUGAAUGACACGUCCACCAUCAGUGAUUGGUAUUAGUGGUCUGGAGCAGAACCUAUUUCUUUUGACCAGCAGACAUCUGUUCUGGUGAUUACACCAUUAGCUGCUUUUAUGUUGUUUAGUAUAAUCAUAACCACAACGCUAGUAAUUCUUUCGUCAAUAUGCAACCGAUACAACUUCUAGUCCUCCAGCAACGUGGCGUUUGCUUUGAAAUGUGUCAGGCUCCUUCGGUCCAAAUAGUAUUUAAGCGACACUUUGUAAUAUGUUUAGAUAUGUAGAAUUUAGAAAUGAAAAGUCAAACACAGGACUCGCCCACGUAUUCUUAUAACUAAUAUGCUAAAGGCACUAACUAUGAAAUAUGUCUUACUUCAUCAGGCUACGUGUGCGGCACUUUUUUGACUGCAUUUGACUGCUAUUUUCCUAUAGCGCGAAAAGGUAUGAAUGCGCUAACGCGUGAUAGCAACACGGGGGAUGUAAUAGGUCUUCAGAGUCUCCUGUGAUUACCUGCAGAGUGGAAGGGAAUAAACUGUUCUCCAUGUCCGCUGGGACCGGGACGAGGCAUAAUGAGCUUAAAUUGCAGCAGAGAUUAGUCUAGACAUUAGGAAAAACUUUCUAAGUGUAAGGAUGGUUAAGCCCAGGAGUAAACUGCUUGGGGAAGCUGCAGCAUCUCCAUCUGUGGAAUUUCUCAAGCGCAGGUUAGACGAGUAUCUGCUGGGAAUGGCGUGGUUUUAACCAGUUCUGUCUUCGGGCAGGAAUGAGAAGGGAGUACCGAUUGUGCUUACGGUUGUACGCUGCUCGAUUUGUCUCUGACCGUUCAUUCACCUGCCAUUGCUCCUGGUGCAGCAAACUGGUAUUCUUUGUCACAGAGGCAGGGAUUCUUAUUUAUUUAAAACUUCUUAAACAAGCUUUUAUUUUCCUCCAUGGCCCGAACCACCGUUAGCAGACAAACUCAUUUCACUCGGAAUCCUGCUUACCAGCUUCCCCCGUCUGCGUGUCUAGAACUGUCCCGUUGAACAAGGCCAUCAUACUUCUUAAAUUCAAUGUGUGUAUUCGUUCUGUAGACACUUUUGAAUUUGUAUAUGGUUAAUAAAGCGGAGUUCCUGAUUCUUA